CACAGAACUCCCUGAGUGGGAGUUUGAAGCCUUCUUAACUCAGAAAGAAACUUCCAACACAGUUUCCCAAAGAAAAAUGGGCACCAAUGGCAAAGUUAUUAAAUGCAAAGCAGCCAUCGCCUGGGAAGCAGGCAAGCCCCUUUGCAUUGAAGAGGUUGAAGUAGCUCCCCCCAAGGCUCAUGAAGUUCGCAUUCAGAUCAUUGCCACUUCCCUGUGCCAUACUGAUGCCACUGUUAUCGAUUCUAAAUUUGAGGGCCUAGCUUUCCCAGUGAUCGUUGGCCAUGAGGCUGCAGGGAUUGUGGAAAGUAUUGGGCCAGGAGUGACCAACGUCAAACCAGGUGACAAAGUAAUUCCACUUUAUGCACCUCUAUGUAGAAAAUGCAAGUUUUGUCUGAGUCCACUCACAAAUUUGUGUGGAAAAAUCAGUAAUCUCAAAAGUCCUGCUAGUGAUCAACAACUAAUGGAAGACAAAACCAGCAGGUUUACCUGCAAAGGAAAACCAGUUUACCAUUUCUUUGGAAUCAGUACAUUCUCUCAGUACACUGUGGUGUCAGAUAUCAAUCUUGCCAAAAUAGAUGAUGAUGCAAAUUUAGAGAGAGUUUGUCUGCUUGGAUGUGGGUUUUCAACUGGCUAUGGGGCUGCAAUCAACAAUGCCAAGGUCACCCCUGGUUCGACUUGUGCUGUCUUUGGCCUAGGAGGUGUGGGUCUUUCUGCUGUAAUGGGUUGUAAAGCGGCAGGAGCUUCCAGAAUCAUAGGUAUUGACAUCAACAGUGAGAAGUUUGCGAAGGCUAAAGCCCUGGGAGCCACUGACUGCCUCAAUCCUAGAGACUUACAUAAACCGAUCCAGGAGGUUAUCAUUGAAUUGACCAAGGGAGGUGUGGAUUUUGCCCUUGACUGUGCAGGUGGAUCUGAAACCAUGAAAGCAGCCCUGGACUGUACAACCGCAGGCUGGGGAUCAUGUACUUUCAUUGGAGUAGCUGCUGGUAGCAAAGGAUUGACUAUUUUUCCAGAAGAGCUAAUAAUCGGCCGUACUAUAAAUGGAACAUUCUUUGGUGGAUGGAAAAGUGUAGAUUCUAUCCCAAAGCUGGUCACUGACUAUAAGAAUAAGAAAUUCAAUCUGGAUGCAUUGGUGACCCAUACCCUGCCUUUUGACAAAAUCAGUGAGGCAUUUGACCUAAUGAACCAAGGAAAAAGCAUCCGAACCAUCCUCAUCUUUUGAAGAUGCCAGGAGCAAUUUGGAAUACUAUCUGAUUGAAUGUGAACCUGCCUGGUUAAUUUAUUACCUAAUUUUAUGAAACAAGGAAAGCCAUGAGUUUAAACAAAUAUUUACAUUUAAUAUGGGAACAUAAAAGAGCUUUAAAUAUUACAGCCUUUGUACUUGUUAUAUACAUGAAUAUUCCCUGUUAAAUAAUAAUAAUAACUAGUGUUUAUGAAUAGAAUCAUAUCAUCUUUAGAAAUUGCUUAAAAUUAGUUCUGGGAAGUUGAAAGUGGGGAAUGAAGAAAUAAUAAAUAAAACUAGAUUGGCCAUAUGUUUAUAAUUUUUUUAGGUUGGGUAAUGAAUACAUGGAGUUUCAUUAUACUUUUCUCUCCACUUUUGUCUAUGUUGAAAAUUUUCUGGGAGCUAAAUGAUGAGAACACAUGGACACAUGAGGGGGAACAACACACACUGGGGCCUGUUGAUGGCAGGGAGUCGGCAGAGAAAGAGCAUCAGGAGGAAUAGCUAAUGGAUGCUGGGCUUCAUACCUGGGUGAUGAGAUGAUCUGUGCAGCAAAGCACCAUGGUACAUGUUUACCUAUGUAACAAACCUGCACAUCCUGCACAUGUACCCUGGAACUUAAUAAAAGUUGGAAAUUUUUAAAAAGAAUGAAUAAGACCUGGUAUUUGAUAGCACAACAGGGAGACUAUAGUCAACAGUAAUUUAAUUGUACAUUUUAAUAUGACUAAAGGAGUAUAAUGGAUUGUUUGUAACACAAAUAAAUGCUUAAGGGGAUGGACACCCCAUAUUACAUGAUGUGAUUAUUACACAUUGCAUGCCUAUAUCAAAACAUCUCAUGUACUCCACAAAUAUAUACACCUAAUACCCACAAAAAUUAAAAUAAAAAAAUUUUUUAAUAAAAAUAAAGAAAAGAAAAAGAUUUCCCACAAUAAAAAGAUUUUUACUGGAAAAAAUCACUAUAUUUCACAUAUAUGUGUACAUAUAUACACUAUAUAUAUACACACUAUAUAUAUGAAAUAUAUAGUAAUUGUGAUCAUGUGUGUAUAUAUAUAAAUAUAUAUAAAUAUGUACACAUAUGUAUACAUAAAACAUUAUUAUAUACUUUGUGUUCCAAUAAGCCACAAGUUACUUUUUAAAAAUAAGUUGCUAAAUAAUUUUCUUUUUAACAUCUGCUAAUUUCUUUUCUCUUGGCCCCACUCUAUCAUUAACUGCAAUCACAUGGAAGGAGAUAGCAGAAUCUAUUUAAGUGAAUAUUUUAAAAAGAAUAAAAGCAUAUCUACUCUCUACAUAUGAAAGUUUCUAUCUCUAUAAAAUAACUGCCUUUUCAUCUUUGAUAAUUUUUUUUCUUCAACUUUUAUUUUAAGUUUUGGGGUAUGUGUGCAGGAUGUGCAGAUUUGUUACAUAGGUAAAUGUGUGCCAUGGUGGUUUCCUGCAGAGAUCAACCCAUCAUUUAGGUAUGAAGCCCAGCAUCCAUUAGCUAUUCUUCCUGAUGCUCUCCCUCCCGCUACCCCCCUCAAUAGGCCCUAGUGUGUUGUUUCCCACCAUGUGUCCAUGUAUUCUCAUUGUUCAGCUCCCACUUACAAAUGAGAACACACAGUAUUUGUUUUUCUGUUCCUGCGUUAGUUUGCUGAGGAUAAGGGCUUAUAGCUCCAUCCGUGUCCCUGCAAAGGACAUGAUCUCAUUCCUUUUCAUGGCUGCAUAGUAUACCAUAGCAUAUAUGUACCACAUUUUCUUUAUCCAAUCUAUCAUUGAUGGGCAUUUGGUUUGAUUCCAUGUCUUUGCUAUUGUGAAUGGUGCUGCAAUGAACAUACAUGUUCAUGUAUCUUUAUAAUAGAAUAAUUUAUAUUCCUUUGGAGAUAUACUUGGUAAUGGGAUUGCUGGGUCAAAUGGUAUUUUUGCCUCUAGAUCUUUGAGGAAUCACCACCCUGUCUUCCACAAUGGUUGAACUAAUUUACAUUCCCACCAACAGUGUAAAAGCAUUCCUUUUUCUCUGCAACCUCACCAGCAUCUGUUGUUCCUUGACUUUUUAAUAAUCACCGUUCUGACUGGCAUAAGAUGGUAUCUCAUUGUGGUUUGGGUUUGCAUUUCUCUAAUGAUCAGUGAUCUUUCAUAAUUUUUACAACACAUAAUGUUGAGUUUAAUGAUCUGUAAUUGAGUUUAAUGAUCUGUAAUGUUAUUGAUCUGUAACUGGCACUAAUUAAUGCUAUUUUCAAUAGUCAAUUAAAAGUUACAAAAAUUGAUGUAUUUAUAAAAUAAUGUAAGUAAACAUUUAUAGUUAUAAGAUUUAACAGAUAAAAAGAUUUAUAUAAAAAUAGCAAAAUGGAAAGUUUCAAAUUAUUAUACUCAAGAUGUUACAGUGAACAGUUUAAAAGGACAACAUAGAACCUAAAUGCCCAUCAGUGAUAGACUGGAUAAAGAAAAUGUGGUACAUAUACACCAUGGGAUACUAUGCAGUCAUAAAAAGGAAUGAGAUCAUUUCCUUUGCAGGGACAUGAAUGGAGCUGGAAGCCAUUAACCUCAGCAAAUAACGCAGGAACAGAAAAACAAUCAUCACAUGUACUCGCUUAUAAGUGGGAGCUGAACUAUGAGAAUACAUGGACACAUCAUGGGGAACAACACACAUUGGGGCCUGUCCUGGGGGCAGGAGGGAGAGCAUCAGGAAGAAUAGCUAAUGGAUGCUGGUCUUAAUACCUAAGUGAUGGGUUGAUCUGUGCAGCAAACCAUCAUGGCACACGUUUACCUAUGUAACAAACCUUCACAUCCUGCACACGUACCCCA